AUGGGGCAGAGCCUUCCAUGCAAUGAGAGGGUGUGGACGUUAAUUGAAGGAGAGCCUUCUCGCCCUUGUUGCUUCAAGUUCAUUGGUGGACUGAGGUCUCUUGACUGGUAUCUCCAGGCUCUGGGAACAAGGCACAAGCCAGCAGUGAAGAAAUCACUUUUUAAAAUGAAGGACUUGCUACUGAUUCUGUGCCUUUUGGGAACAAGUUUUGCAGUGCCAAUAAAACAGGUAUUUCCUCAGCAAGCUGCAGCAACCGGACUGGGGAGCUUAAGCCUUGAGACAAUGAGACAGCUGGGAAACCUGAAUGGACUGAACUUGCUUUCUCAGUUCUCUCGGUUUGGUUAUGGUAAACCAUUCACCUCUUUAUGGAUGCAUGGACUCCUUCCACCCCACUCCUCCUUCCCAUGGAUGCAGCAAAGGGAACACGAGACUCAACAGUAUGAAUAUGCCUUGCCAGUACACCCGCCUCCUCUACCAUCGCAGCAGCCCCAAAAGCCAGGACAGAAGAUUUUCCUCCAACCCAGCCCAGCACCGGAUGCCACCCAGCAUGGGGCACCUCAGGCUCCACUGAACCCAGGACAAAACCAAGGGCAUCCAGAGGACAGAGCAGUGGGCCAGCAGCCUGGGGGGCCCUUGGGCAGGGCAGGGAGGCCCGAGCUACCAGAACUGGAUUUUGCAGGUCAACUGGGUCAUUCAAUGUUUCCAAUGGGACGUUUGAUCUCUGAAGGACCGACACAAAAAACAGAGAAAGCCCCAGUUUAUCCAAGAAUGUUUUACGUGCCAUAUAGAGCAAAUCAAUUGAAUGCCCCAGGAAGAUUUGGCAUGCUAAGCUCUGAAGAAAUGAUGGGAGGAAGAGGUGGCCCCAUGGGUUAUAAUGCCAUGUUUCCAGGAAUGAAGUCUGACUUCGGGGGGAUGCCCCCAAACCCAGCCAUGGGAGGAGACUUCACUCUUGAACAUGACCUACCGACCGGUGCCAGCAAACCCCCUAGCCCAGCAGAGGGUGAUGCUCAAGGCUCCCCUAUGCCUGAAACCAACCCAGAAAAUAUUGAGAAUCCAGCUUUCCUUCCAGAAGAAAUCCCUUGGGCUCAGGGAGGGAUCCUGUCCUUCCCUAAGGGAAGCAUUUCUAACUUGGGGGGAGUCCCAGCUGGGCAGAUUAAGAGACUCCUCAAAGGCACUUCACCAACCUCUGAACCAGGGAUGACCCUGGGACCAUCUGAUAUUACUGAGACCUUUGGCACUGACAUAACUACCCCCCUGGCCAUCCUAGACGAAGGUCCUUUGGACAUUACUGUGGAACCAGAUACCCACCACACAUCAGUGCAAGGGAACGAGGCCCACCAGCCACAGAUUAUGGAAGAUGUAUGGCAUUUCCAAGAACCCUGAAAGGCUUCAGAAGUCAAUUACCUUCUGUAUUUAUGGGCAUGUUUCCCAGCUAUGUCUGAUGCAAGAUCUUUUGGCUAAAAUAUUUAUUAUUCUACUGCUAUGGCAACUAGCAAAAAUGGAAUUAAAUAUCCAAAUAACAUAUGCAAAUGUCUAAUGAUAGCUAUGGGCUGAGGGGAUUUAAUGAUCUUUGUGGUUCACACCAGAAUGAAUAAAAGGGCUCUGUCUUUAAUACUUACUUUUGGUUUUCAGCUAUUUGAAAAUAAGACAAUUCCUAAUGCAUUAUAGAACUCUUACUAGUAGAAUGGCAUUAGCUAUCAUAUCCAAUUACGAUGCUGCUUUCAAAUUUUUUCCCGUAAGCAAUCUGGAAUAUUCUCAGAAAUACAGGCUAUCUUAUCCAA